ACUCUCGAAGUAUAACACGAAACGAUUCAUGCUUUGGCGUUGACGAGCAAAAAAUUUGCAACUUUUAACCCCAGUUCGAACUCCCACAUACGCUUUCUUUGAGACCUGCAAAAAAACAGAGGAGUCGGAAAUCCAAAAGCUUUUCCUCCACUAUCCAUUUCAUACACUCGAUUCUCAAUUCCUGCCACUUCAGUUCCCCCGGAAAAUGGCAACCCAAAUCACUAACGGCGACGGAGCCGCCAGUGUCUCCGCCCUCAACUGCAUCGAUCUCUCAAGCUCUGACACCCACCGAUCGGUCUCUUUGCUCAAACAGGCGUGUUUGGAUUGCGGGUUUUUCUACUUGCUGAAUCAUGGAAUAAGCGAGGAGUUCAUGGCGGAGGUGUUUGAUCAGAGUAGGAGGCUUUUCGAGUUGCCAUUGAGUGCAAAAAUGGAGCUUUUGAGGAACAAGAACUACAGGGGAUAUACCCCUUAUCUCGACCAGCAUCUCGAUCAUGAAAACCAAGUUCACGGUUUGUAUUAAUCAUCCGGAUAGUAC